AUGCCAUUAGCGAUUCAAACGCCCCUGCCUCCUGACUUUCCGCCAGUCCACUCUUGCCAACAUUGUGAGAAGCUUAUUCUUGUUCCAGACGCAGAGAGCCUUGUUGACAGGCGCAAUGGCGAAAAGUGGGCUUCGUUCGACCCUGAUCUGACCGUCGGGGAAGCGAGGAAACUAGCAAAAAGUGGCUGCCGAUUCUGUGAAUAUGUCUCGUCAAAGUCGUACCGCCGCGACAAAUGCACGGUCCACUAUAGACUCUUUGGACAUGAGGGCAAGUGGGAGAAUAUCCAAUUCGGCACUUACAAUCCUAAAGAUGAUGAUGAUGAUGAUCUACGAUAUGAAGGAGACAUAGUGGUCAGUGCUUUAAUCGAGACAUAUGAGCUGAUAGCGAUUCCUGGCAAUCCUGCUUCCGACAUUGUUUCCCGCAGUCCGAUCAACGUCGAGCCUGGCUCAAGUGAGACUUUCGAGAUGGUUAGAAGCUGGUAUCAGACAUGUACAGAAACUCACGCAGGAUGUCCAAUACCGCCAACCAAACGCAUGCCUGACAGGGUCAUCAGCAUAGAUGACGGACAGCCCGAGUUCAAGUUGCACCUGCUCGAGACGAACGGCCUAGUUCAUCCAUUACCACCAUAUGCUGCAUUGAGCUAUUGUUGGGGGGGCGAUCAAGUGAUCAAGACAACAAACGCCACGCUUGACCAAUUCAGGGUUGAGAUAGAUUUCAAAAAGCUACCUACGACAAUACGGCAUGCCGUUACUACAACAUACGAGCUGGGCCUACGCUACCUAUUUGUUGACGCCUUCUGUAUCAUCCAAGACAACGACGAAGAUAAACAACAUCAAAUAAGCCAGAUGCCCUCAAUAUACAGUGAAGCAAGUGUUACGAUCAUUGCUGCUCGGGCUAGAAACGUCGAGGAUGGCUUCCUACAGAACCGACCCUCGUCGCUCGACCAACUUUCAACGUGGAAGAGUCGGUAUGAAAACAUGUUCAGCAUGUCAUUGAGAUGUCCUGGAGGUAAAAUAGGUUCGGCCAUACUCAUCGGCCGCGGCAAUGAUCGGGUCACAGAGCCUAUUCAUAACCGAGCAUGGGCGUUACAAGAACAAAUGCUGGCCCGCCGAGUUCUACAUUAUGGUCAAGAUCAGAUUAUCUGGAAUUGCUGGUCUGUAGACGAACUUGUGGAUGGUUGGUUGGCGAAUUGGAGUAUGAACAAGGACCAACAGGGAAAAGGCCUUGAAAUUUUCCGUCCUCGCUUUCCCCGGGGUGAGGUACCGAAUCUGAUUAUAAAUACAGAGGCGGUACAAGACGACAGCGUCAAGCAAAAGAUUCUGGAGCAAUGGUACGACUUGGUUCGGAAGUAUUCACUUCGGAAACUCAGCCUUCCCGCCGAUAAACUACUGGCGAUAGGAGCGAUUGCUGAACGUGUGGGCGUUGCGUUGCACGACGAUUACCUGGCCGGUCUGUGGAAAUCGUGUCUUCCUCGCAACCUCUCUUGGUUCGUGUGGUUUAAGAAGCAUACUCGACCAGAAGAAGUCAGAGCCCCGUCGUGGUCAUGGGCUGCUGUCGACGGAGAAAUUGGGAAGUUUGUGAACAUGGGACGGCCAUGCGAACUGGAGUUGAUUGACUGUCACGUUGAAUUACUGUCCCCAACUGCGCCAUAUGGCGCUGUGAAAGGUGGCCAUCUGACUAUUAGAGGGCGACUACGACGAGCCCUUUUGUUCAACGUUCCAAGGAGUACAGCGAAAAAUGAUUAUCAAGGCCUUUGUCACAUCAAGGAGCCUGGCCAGGAAGGGAUUGGAUCGAUGGUACCAAUAUGUUUUGAUGCUGUGGAAAAAGAGUUCGACACUAGCGAUAUCAUAAACGUCGCCUUCUUGAAAGCUUAUGGCCACAAGUCCGGGUUUUGUUCGGGACUUGUUCUUCGAGACCUUGGAGGCCAAAGAUUCUCGAGGUUGGGUUUAUUUGGUCGUCCCUCCCGUGUGUGGCGCACCUACGGCAACAUAGGAUUAGACGGCGAGAUAGUUGAAGAGAUGAUGGAAGAAGAUUCCGGCGAAGAAGAUUCCGGCGAAGAAGAUUCCGGCGAAGAAGAUUCCGGCGAAGAAGAUUUCGGCGAAGAAUACUCACUGCUAUAUCGAUACUGGAUGGAGGAUUUUAACGAAUAUAGUCAAGUGGAGGAAAUUACAAUCAUAUAG